AUGGUGGAUUACUACAACGUCUUGGGAGUAUCCAAAAAUGCCACUCAGGAGGACAUCAAGAAGGCCUACAGGAAACUUGCACUUAAAUGGCAUCCUGACAAAAAUCCUGACAACAAAGAGGAAGCGGAAAUGAAAUUUAAAGAAAUUGCCGAGGCUUAUGAAGUUCUCUCUGACCAGAACAAACGGGAUGCCUUUGAUCGAUAUGGAAGUGAUGGAAUGAAACAUUCAGGCUCGUCCAACUCGGACUUCUCUUCAGAUUUCCCAGGAUUCGGCUUCACAUUCCGCAGCCCAGAUGAGGUUUUCAGGGAGUUUUUUGGUGGCCAAGAUCCUUUCGCCAGUUUGUUUGAUGAAUUUUCAUCAUUUGGGGUUUCGACCUCUCGCAUGGGUCCUAACCGCUUUUUCUCGUUCCCUUCAGCUGGAGCUGAAUUUACGUCUUUUUCAUCCAUGGGUGGUUUUCAUGAUAUGGGCAGCAUGGGUGGAGGCAAUUUCAAAUCUGUGUCUACUUCCACUCGCAUCAUAAAUGGCAAACGUACAACCACCAAGAAGAUUAAAGAGAACGGGCAGGAACGAAUAGAGAUCGAGGAAGAUGGUGUGUUAAAGUCUGUACUAAUUAACGGCGUGCAGGACGAAAUGGCUCUCGCGCUGGAGCUGAGUCGACGAGAGGGCCAGCAUCAUCAAAUGCCCACAAAUCCCUCAAUCCAAAACAAAUCAAGUGAUGAAACUGGCAGAACCUGGUCCAGCCCGUAUUCUGCAGGUGCACACCGCUCGUUCAGCGCUGCCCCUUUUUACAACUUUGGGGGGCUUACUGGAAACGAGCAAGACGAGGACGAUGAAGAUCUGCAGAUGGCGUUGGCUUGCAGCUUGUCAGAAAUGGAAGCCCAGCAGAAAGCAGCUGCUCCAGACUUCAUAUCAGACUCAGACUUUGAAGCCUUCACAAGCUAA